UCGAGCGCCUGGUUUUAUUUUGAAAGCAGCGGCCGGAAGUGACCCAAGUUAAUUCCGUGCGGCUUGACUCUGCUCUGUGUCCCGCAAGGUCCCGCAACUGGCAUGAGUUUAGGAUCCCUGAGUGGAAAAAAGAGGGGGGAAUGAACAACACGCCGCCAGGAUUACGGUUGGGACUGUGUUUGGGACAACAGCAGCUCCGUCAAUGCUCUUCCAGAAGUAUUUGCAGUGCAGGCUCAGGCCUCCUACGGUGAUAGGCCAGUUCCACACCUUGUUCUUCGGCUCGGUGCGGAUGUUCUUCCUGGGCGUUCUUGGCUUCGCCGUCUACGGGAAUGAGGCACUGCACUUCAGCUGCGACCCUGAUCGCAGAGAACUCAACCUGUACUGCUACAACCAGUUCAGACCCAUAACACCUCAGGUCUUUUGGGCAUUACAGCUGGUAACAGUGCUAGUUCCUGGGGCGGUGUUCCACCUCUACGCAGCCUGUAAGAACAUUGACCAGGAAGAGAUCCUCGAACGACCCAUCUACACCGUCUUCUACAUAAUUUCUGUACUUCUGCGCAUCAUUCUGGAAGUCAUUGCCUUCUGGCUCCAAAGCCACCUCUUUGGCUUCCAGGUCCACCCACUGUACAUGUGUGAUGCCAGUGCUUUGGAAAAGGCCUUUAAUGUGACUAAGUGCAUGGUGCCCGAACACUUUGAGAAAACCAUCUUCCUCAGUGCCAUGUACACCUUCACUGUGAUCACCAUACUUCUUUGUAUAGCUGAGAUAUUUGAGAUACUCUGCCGACGGCUUGGUUAUCUCAACAACCAAUGACACAUACACACAAGCACACAUAAAAUGACGAAGGGUGAAAAUAUAUGACACUAUUUCUGCCAGAUUUUAUCGGGCUCUUGGUUAGCUACUGAUGGACUUUUAUCAAACAGGAAGCUAACAUAAGAGCAAAACCUCACCUGUGGUCCAUCGUGAGUGAAUUGCACCAAGAAAUUUGAGAAUGUGCAACGAUGUCAUAGCUGGCAAGUCUGAAAUAUUCUCUAGGUGUUUUUUGCCCUUAACUAUAGUGUGAUCAUCCCUAGUCGUAUUUCAGAUAUCAGUGGGUCUGUACUGGCUGUGUCCAAGGGUCUUGUAUGGACAUGAUGGCCAGAGAAUAUGCACCCCUGACUCUGGACUGUUGGGGGAUGAGAUAGAAAGAUUUCUGGUUUUCUUUUUUUCCACAAGAUGACUGAAAUACAGGCGUCAACUUCAUGGUGCUACUAAAACCUGCGAUCAUGGUCGAAUUAGAGCACAAGGAAAGCCCAGUUUGUCACAAACCUGGUGCCCCAUAACAGUUUGAGGGUCUCUAAAACCGUGUUCUUAGAGUUGUACCCAGGUGUACCUCCGAUCUGAUACUCUUACGAAAGAAACACCCUGGAAGCAUUAGCUGCACACAUUGUUCUGCCUGCACGACAGGCCCUUAAGCAAACCAACUUGCAAACCAACUUGAUGCAUCUUCUCUGGACUUUGUUCACUUAUGGAGUGCCAACAGUGGACCUACACAGCUCUAGUUCAGGAGAUUUCUAAAGUUUCAGAAAGCUUUGAUUAAAAGGCAUAAGGUCUUCAUGUAAUGUAAUAACAGCCAACAAUGCAAAUAAUUUAGCUAGUCACAUAAUUCUGUAUAAAAGUGCAGAUAAACACUAUAGUCUAGCUUGUCUUCCAGGUGCUGAUUAAAUAUGACAGGCAGACUAUAGAGCUGGCAAUGGAUUCUCACAAAAUGUCAUUCUUUCAAAACUGUGAUCCAGUAAACUUACCCAUGGGCGAGUGAAUUGCAGGUGCCAUUGCUUCUGACACUUCCAUGUGUGACAGUUAACGCUUCCAAUAUAUGUCUGCUAUUGCUUCCAGCCCGUUCUGACCUUUACUUCCAUCAAUAUGAGUGCCACAACUUUGUUGUGGACUUUUGAUGGGGUUGUCUACCUUAUCAAAUAUCUGUUUCAGCUUGGUGGGCCUUAUAUAACUUAGAAUGGAGAAAGGAUGUCUCAAACAGGCCAACAAAUCUCAUGCGUCAUACAGGCUAAAAGAAAUGGCUCAGUUUACUUCGAUGAGAUGUAAAGGCAUCUUUGAACAAUGAUGUACACAAGUUUGCACAAUUUUUGUGCUUAGAUUUUUAAAACAAUCGUGCAAACAAAUUAGACGUCCCAACAUCCAAGGUGAGACUGAUGAGGCCUCAGCUAGUGUUAAAAAAUAUCAGACAACAGACAUGGAAAAAAUCAGCACAGAAAUUGAAGUUUUUAGAGUUUCAAGGCCCUAUUGGUCUCACAUAUAAUGUAAUAACUAUUAUUUUUGUGGCUGAAAAGUGAACCUAAGUGCUUAUUCAGUCCAGAUAUAUUUGAAACGGUGGUUGAGCUUUUGUCCAUGUCUGAAUCUCUCCUCCACCCCCCACUCUCUUUAUACCACCCUUUCCUAGCUUGUAGUAUUACACAUAAUACUUUCUGUAAUUUUGCCUUUGGUGUCACUGUCGAUGUAUUUUGAAAAUGAUUACCUCUCAUGUUUUGUAAUGUUGUUUUUUUUUAUCAGACAUCCAUCCAACUUUUGUUAUGAAGUUUUCAGCAAUCUGUUUAUCAUCUCAGGUACAAAAUUGCAUUACCAGACAAAAGUGGAUCAAACCCUCAUUUCAAAUCGUUUUAAACCCUUAGAUAAGCUCAGCACUGAGGGACGUCUCCAAUUGAUCCCAACCUACAGUACCAAAGGCCUGGUUAGUCUGAUAGGGUUUAAGAGGAUUUGAAACAGGUAUGUGACUCCUGUGGUUUGGGUUCGUCUGCGUUCUGGUAUCUGUUAGUGGAGGAUGGUUUUAAAUUUUGCCUCUAAAAGUUCUGUCACCAAGACUUAGGGCCUGUUUACAUAAAAGAAAAAGUAGAAUUCCACUUCUGUACUGUUCAGCUCAAGUAGGAGAUUGUGGCAUGUGAAUCGGUUUGAUAAAAUCUGGGGCCAUUUGGACCUCACCAGAUGUUAGACAAACUCUUAAGAUGGGAAAAACGACAUCAGGCACAGCCUGGUCACACCAGCAUUUAAAACAGCAUAUAACUCAGCACCACGAUUAUCCGUAAAAAUCUUUUACGUUGCGUUCAACUUUGGUGAGCGUGAAUUUGACUAAGAGCAAACCAUCUUGUCAGGCUUAGCCUUGAGGGAACGGAGAGUUCAAAGCAAAGGAAGCCAUCAUAGCUUAGGAGCUGUGUUGCAACAUCCUCUAAUUGUCCGUUUAGCAACCAAGCUAGCUAGCAUACUAACUUACAGUUAGUAAAGCUAACUAGGAUGGAGAGCUAUUAUGACUGACUAGUGCUAGCCUGUUUCCAGCUGGCUAGCAGGUUAGUGGCUAGCUUUCCAGCGACAGCAGUUUGCCAACUAGCCCCGCAUGUAGUCAGUACACCACCACCUAUUUCAUGGGCAUGCAUGGAUGAACUAGCUGUGAUGUGACCAGGCUGUUUGCUUAUGUUAGUAGCAUCUCUAAUCUGGGCUAUUAGCCCAAGAGCUAACCAUUUAAAAUACAUAAUUAAACCAUCAUAAGGUAAUAUUUCACUCAGGUUGGCAAAGUUUCAGGUUUUAUUUUUCGGCUUGUAAUGAAAGUUAUUCCACAGGCACCUACGGGCUAGUCUUGGUAAAGAACUUGUUCAGAUUUGUACAUAAAGCUGUGAUUAACUGUCUCAGAAUGAUUGACUUAUACUUAGUAAUUUGGAAAGCAGAUGGUGUAUUUUGACGAGAUUGAGUCAUUGAUAAGAUUCUGGUGAAUAACUGUAGAGAUUGGAGUUUUUAUUUUUGGUCUUAUGCAGAAAUUAAAGAUACACCCCCUGCUUUUUUAAAUAGCGCCACCAAAUCCCAAACUUUUGAUGAACUUAAGUGUAAACUGUGCUGAGUUGUAAAAUAUCAACAUUGCGCUGGGAAUUACAUUGGGGUUUUUGGGGUACUAUUGAGAACUAUUUACAAAAUCAGGGAGUGUAUCUUUAAUAUGUCUUAAUGCUUCUUUUGACCACUAAUAUCAGGGUCAUUUGUGGAAAUUCAUCAACUAUGAUGCAUCAUACAGUACACCACAUUGAAAAUUCAUCUUUAAUUUUUAUAUUUUUGAUUUUUACUAAUGUUGUUACAUGUUAGUUGUAAAAAUGGAGCUAAGUCUCAUUUCAUUUUUCAUCAACUUUUGUCUGUCUCUCAUUUUGUCCUUCACCUCGCAGCUAUGUCAAAGAAAAAGAGGCACACUUUAUGACCAACGCAUACAUAUUGAAACAAAACUCGGUCUUUCAGAGUGCUACUGUUUAGGUGACCAGUUAUACUCCUAUUUGUUUUGUCUUGAGAUGAUUGAUUAAAAUGUCCUACAACUGUC